AUGACGGAGAAGCAGUGUCUCAUCCUUACCACGAAUGAUUGCCCUGGCAUGCGAGUUCUUCGUGUCAUCGGUCCUGUCUACGGAACAUCAGUGAGAACCCGCAGCAUAGGGGGCAACUGGGUGAGCUGCUUCCGUGCGGUGCGUGGUGGAAAGCAGCCCGGGUACACUAAAAUGAUCUCUGCCACACGUGAUGACGCUCUACAGGAACUAGCAAAGCAUGCGCUGUCCCUGGGGGCAAACGCGGUCUUCGCCAUGCGCUUCGAUUCGAGUGAGUUUGGCUCAGGAGCUGGUUAUCUUAUGAACGAAGUAACUGCAUAUGGAACAGCGGUGGUGUUGGAAGCAGUCUGA